AUGGCCGAAGAUAACAACAACAUGCAGCCGGACGUCCUCAGCGCCCUGGUUGCCGAGAUACGAAGUCUGAGAGAAGAGAGUUCCCGAAGAAACACCCAGUUUGAAGAACGUUUUAUUGCCCUGGAACUCCAACAACACCAGCAAGCCCGUUCGUCUGAACUCCUAGAGCCAACGCCAUCUGUCACCCCGGCUGUCCCCAUUGAGGACACUCGUGUGGUCGCCACUCACAACCCUCACCCAACCAAGCGCCCCAAAUUACGAGACAUACCGAAAUUCGGCGGCGACAAGGCCCAGUGGCGAAGCUGGAAACUAGAAACCGAAGGAAAGCUACGAGUCGACAAAGAAGCCCUUGGAGAUGCAGAAGGCCACUUUAUGUACAUCUUCAUGAGCCUAGAAGGCAAGGCUAAAGACAACGUGACCACAUUUGUGGAGAUGCAAACCGAGAAGAAAACGUUCAAUGUUGCUGAACUACUCAACCGCCUCGAAUUGCUGUACGGGGAGAGGGAUCGCAAGCAGAGAGCUACACGCAACCUGCAUUCGAUUAAGCAAGGAGAGAAUGAACCGUUCACGUCCUUUUACCCCCGCUUUGAGAGGGAGAUCGCCAAUGCCAACGCCGAGUAUUGGCCAGAUGACAGCAAGAUUUCCUACCUCCAGGAGGCACUAAACGAUAAAAUGAAAGCAGCCCUCAUAGGCUCUGACCCCUCUGCCAUCAGCAGCUAUGUUGGGCUGGCGAGGAGGUGCGAUUCGCUGAGCAGCCAGAUGGAAUUGUUGGGUCAGUGGAAAAGGCCUCGAGGCAACACAAAGAGUUCGGACAACUAUGACAACCACCAGAAUCAUGGAGGCCAGGCUGCCCAGAAACAGCCUGGCCAGAAAACCGAAGUUAGACGAGAGGAUAUGAUGGAAUGGGAACCAACUCUACAAGCAUCCGCGAAAGUGAACGCUGCGCGCACCCGCAGUGAUAAGAACACAUAUGGUUACCAAUCCAAGCGACCAGAAGACCAAGCGCUGUUGGGCAAGCGUGCCAAGUGGGUCGACCAGGCCGAGAUGGACGCCCGUUACCGUGAAGGGCGUUGCCUCCGUUGUGGAAGAGACAACUGCAGAAUCGAGCGCUGUCCAUUGGCUGCGCCUAUCCGACCCGCAAACACGACCCGACGCACUCAGGUCAAUGCCGUGACCCCGUCACGACCAGCGGUCACUAAAGCCGAGGUCGCCGAAGACGAUACUUCUUCUCAUAACGAUGAAGAUUCAGACUAG